AUGGGGCGUUCCAUGAGAAAACCGGUAUUAGUGACAUCGAUAAACAAUGACGUCAGAAGCAAUUAAAGUUUGACGUCACUAUUAUCUACAGCGAAUAACCCGGAAGUUUGUUGACAUCAUUUGGAGAUUAAUUGUACAGGAUAUAUUAAAGUUGAAUUCAAAUGGAUAGUGAUUUCGAGGAUCUUGAGAGCUUACUGUCUGAUCACUUUGGACGGACACCGUCAGCGACACCAUAUGCAUCGCAAAACGGAAAUGACGAUGAUGGUGAAAACAGUACCGGUGACUUGGUUGGUGACACUGCGAGUGAUGAUGAUGAAUUUGACCGGGCCACAAUUCAAUCUGCUGUUGAGGACAGAGCAAGGGAUUACCUUCUACAUCUAGAAGAGGGAGCACAUUAUUCUGAUCAGGAAUGGCAGGAUGAUAGAAGUGACGACUCUGGCGAUAAUGCUUAUGAUAAUGAAGUCCGUGAUGAAAACGUAGUAAAUGAUGAAGAUUAUGAUGACGAUAGAGGUAAGAUAAGACAGUUUGCACGAUCUGGUUGUGGAUGUAAGCAGAGAUGUAAUAUUGGAAUAAGUGCAGAUGAUAUAUAUGAUCACAUUCUUUCAGUAAGGGAAAUGUCUAAGGAAGAGAAAGACAUGUAUAUGAUGGGAUCUAUAACAUAUGGUGGUAAUCAGGACGUAACCAAACGUGGGAAAAAACGGAAACGCAUCCGCAUGAUAUAUACAUAUAGCGGCAAAUCAAUUUGCAGAAGAACAUUUUCACUUAUUUAUGAUAUCGGUAGGCAUGCACUAGAAGGACUUGUAUGUCAUGUCAAAAAAGAAGGAGUUACAGCACGGAAACACGGAAAUAGUGGUCGUAAGCCUAAGCAUGCUUUAGUGUAUGAGGACAUCCGAAAAGUUGUGGAGUAUAUCCAAAAUUAUGCAGAUGCAUAUGGGCUCCCACAACCAGCUGCUCCACGUGGAAGUGAUAAUAUACCCCCUGUUUAUCUAGACAGCCGGACAACAAAGCUAAAAGUUCACAAAAUGUAUCUUCAGAGUUGUGAGGAAUCCAAUAUACGGUACGUUAAACAAAGUUCUUUUUGCGAGAUCUGGAAUAAUUGUCUGGGCCACAUUAAAAUUGCCUCUCCGAGAGAUGACGUGUGUGCCGCAUGCGAGAAACACAGAAAAAACAUAAAUAUAGCUGUUGAAGAAAACGAAAAAAUUUACGCAACUGAUCAGUUCCGAGAACACAUUUUAAAAGCCCAAAUAGAGAGAGAAGUUAACAACAGUUGUAUCAAGCAGGCACGAGAGUCACAUGAUCAAACCCCACAAACAAGAUAUAAUCAUUACACUUUUGAUUUCUCCCAAAAUGUUUCAAUACCACACUAUUCCAGACAAAUGGGACCAAUUUAUUUUGCAACAUUACGUAAAGUGCAAAUAUUUGGCGUGCGCAUUGAUGGGUAUCCAAGGCAACUGAACUUCUUGGUAGAUGAAAACGAGACGAUCGGGCAAGACGGGACGCAAAUACACGGUCCUAACGCUGUAAUAUCAAUGUUGGACUAUGUGCUUGACGAGUACAGUCAACAUGAGCCUAAGAUCUCACUCCAUGCAGACAACUGCCCUGGACAAAACAAGAAUCGUUAUUUGUUAGGUUACCUCAUGUGGCGUAUCCUGACGGGAAGACAAGAUUCUAUCGAAUAUCUUAUGCAGGUUCCCGGUCACGCAAAAUGUUUGGUAGAUGCUGGAUUUGGCCAUUUAAAGAAGCUUUACAGAAGAUCGAACAUAGAGAUCAUGGACCAGCUUGGAGACGUUGUACGUUUGUCGUCUGCGACCAAUCAAGAAGUUCGUUAUCCAGCAUGGCGGUGGGCUGACUGGAAGAGUUACCUAACUCCAAUGUUCAAAUCAGUUCAUGGAAUAAGGAAGCACCAGUCUUUUAGUAUGACAAUAGACGAACCUGGUGUCGUUACCAUGCAAACUGGAAAAAAUACACCGGAAGUUAAGGUUAACAUCUGUACUGGUAUCCGUGUGAAUGAUGAUAGACCUACUAUGCUUCAACCAAAAGGACAGAGCAGACAACGAGUUGAAUACCUGUAUAAAAAUGUCAGAAAAUACCUGAAUCCUGCCAAUAUGGAUAUCACGUGCCCGCAACCAGCGCCACGAUAGAUACGUUUUGCCAUAUACAGACUUGUAUUUAAAAUGAGUUGAAGUACUGCAAUUAUUAUUGAGCAAUUUUGAGCAGGAAAUAUUUUUAAAAUGGCGUGUAUUUCAUCAUUAUUUGAAUAUAUUAAAUUUUGUCAUAUAUCUGGUAAAUUUAUAAAUUUGCUAGAAAUAUUCCACCAAUUCAGUGUCGAGUAAUUAUUCAAUCAAGAAAUCCACUUUUUGAAAGGUAAACUAUUUCAAUAUUAUUGAUAGAGCCUUUAAGUUAAUGUUUUAUAUUCUAAUGAUAUGGUUUAAGAUUAAAACAAACAAUUAUGCAUGCAA